AACAUCGAGCGACGUUGAGCACCUACCUCUCGGACUCUGUCCCUCUCCCAGACUCGAAGCCUGAACAAUGGUCUCUGCAGUCGACUUCAUCGAGCAGUGGCUGCCCGGCUACGACGGCACGCAGUUCUACACACGCACGUAUGCCGCGACAUUCCCGAAAGCCAUCGUCCUCUUCGUGCACGGCUUUGCAGAGCACAUUGGCCGCUACCAGCACUCACAUGCACGGUACCCCGCGCGGCACAUCACCGUCUUUGCGUUUGAUCUCCGGGGAUACGGGCGCACGGCCCUGGACACCGAGCACAAGAGCAAGGACUCGGCGUACGGAAAGACGAACUGGGACUGGCAGCUCCGAGACAUCGAGUUCUUUGGGCAAUACGUUGCCAAGCAAUACCCUGGCACGCCGCUGUACCUGAUGGGACACUCUGCGGGCGGCGCUGCUGUGCUCGCAUACUACACGCGCGACAAGGCGCCACCGAGCACCGAGGGCAAGGGGCUGUUCAAGGCCGUCAUCGCUAGCAGCCCGUGUCUCGUCCUUACGCACCCGAAGCCGAAGAUCAUACGGUGGACUGGAGCGAAGCUAGCACUUAUCCGGCCAUACCAGCUUAUCCCAGCAGACGUUGGCGUCGAGAACAUCACGCGGAACCAAGCCGUGAGGGAUGAAUACCUGAAAGACCCCUUGAUCAGGAGAACGGGCAGCCUGAAGGGUCUGGACGAUAUGCUCACAGGCGGAGAGAAGCUAUUGUCAGGCGACUACGCGCGAUGGCCGAAAGAUCUCCCUUUGUUUAUAAUUCACGGAACCGCGGACGAGGUCACGAGCUGCGAAGCCUCUAGAGAGUUUUACGAGAAGGUUUCCGCAGAAGACAAGAAGAUCUCAAUAUAUGAGGGAGGCUUCCACGAGCUUGUACAUGAACCUGACGGCAUGUCCGACCGCCUCGUGAACGAGUGCGUCGCGUGGGUCGAAGCGCACUGCCCACCGAAAUCACCGUCAGCUACAGGCACGCCCGCGCCGGAGGCGAAACUCUGAGCUGACGCCCGCCUCGUGUUCGCCGAAGGAGGCAUAGAGCUGUGUGUGUGCAUCACGACCACCCUUCCCUUGCUAUUGAUCUACCUGGAUGUAUUGAGUGACUCUGGAUCUAUCUUGUUGUCUGUUUGCUGGCUUAAGUUUAGACGGGUUAUUAACAUGGAUUCUGAUGCGAAAGAAUAAUACUUUUCAUAACGAAAACUGCUAGAGUGUUACGUACAUAUAUGUUAGGGCCCAGUACCUAAAACUAUCUAAUAUACAUCUUGGCGGCUC